AUGUCUGGCGACAACGAUCUCUGGAAUAAUGUCGGAUCUAUCAUGGAUACCGCCCCCGUUACUCUGUCCGACAUGUACGGCAUGUUCCAUGAUGCCGUCACAAAGCAUUGCCAGGAGACUGGCGAGAUCAUCACCUACACCUAUGUUAAUGUCAUUAAGGCCUACGUUGACUGGUUGAUGUGUAAGUAA